AUGGCUACAAUUGAUCCACCAUUCAAAUUAACUGAUGGGUUGGUUUUCAGAUUAAGAUCAAGAAAAGGUUUAAAAAAUAAAGAUGAUCUUCCCGAUUGGUAUUUAGCCUAUAGUGAAUCCGAUGGAACUCUAAUCAGUAAUGGUGGAUAUAAUAAAUCAUCGGAAUGGAUGUUGAAAGCCGAUCCAACAAACGAAGGUGUCUUCUCUAUAAAGGCUGCAAACUCUAAUCAUUUCAUUGCGAUCAACGAUGCUCUCGAAGUGAAAACUCCACCACAGGCCAAUCCAAACACCAAGAUGAAACUGUUCUUCUUGGAUACUGGUAAGGUGUGUGUCAUGAGCUUCACCCACAAGGAUAAAAAGAAUCGUGCAGGUGGUGCCGGUCCACAUCUGGGUGUGCAACCACGUGGUGAACUCAUAGGAAAUGCAGGUCGUGGUGAGUGGGGACAAUUCGAUUUCCUUCCCACCGAUCUCGCUGCCAACAACACAAACCUCACAAAGCUACAAAAGUCGAUUGCACUCAACGCUCUCCCACUGUCCGAUCCUCAACACGAAGCGACUCAACUGCUCUUUAACCAUGCGAAACAUCGUGAAUUGUUCUACGGUCAAUUCAUCGUGGAGACAAAGCCUGUCUCUGUUGCCAAGGCAUUGUUGAACGCCGAUUUCAAACUGCCAAACAUGAAGGUCGAUAAGUGGGCGGUGUUCUGUGCAGCUCCACCAUCGCCAAUGCCAAGUCAGAAUGUGAAAUCUGCCUCUCUAAAGGUAUACAAUCUAAAGAAUGAAUUGGUAUCGGGAUCCGAUAUGAAACAGACAGAGAAUGGCCAUUACAUGUUGAGAUCUAUGGUUCACGGUUAUCCACACAAUAUCACUGCCAAGUAUGAAAUCGAAGCACAACUGUACUCUAUGACAUUGAAACGUGCUGAACCAGGACAAAUGAUUCCACCGGUUCCAAUGAUGGGUGAAGAGCAACGUGCAUACCAUCUAAAGAAGACCAGUCUGAUGGAUUUCGAUAGUGUAGUAUUCCAAAAUUGGGUUACCAACAAUCGUCUACAUCCAAUGCCAACCGAAAUCGGACCAGAACCACUACUUUGUUAUGCAUAUCGUGUAUUCUUGUUCAUCAAGAUUCACUUCUCCUAUAUCUAUGCCAAGGAUGUAAAAUCAAGAAAAGCAUCCGACACUAUUGUACGUCGUGCUACCGAUUGUGGUGGAUUCUGUAUUUUAUAUGCUGCAAUUAUGAGAAUGCAUGGUAUUCCUUGUAGAUUAUUAUUUGGACGUUGGGCAGCAACUACUCCUGAACCAACUGGAAACGUUCAUGUAAAAGGUGAAUUCUAUUGUGAUGGUGUAGGUUGGAUUCCAUACGAUCCAGCGUCGGCAAUCACAAACGACCAUACAGCACCUUACACCAAAUGCUUUGGAAGCAGCGGUGGUAACUUUAUUACUAUGCACUUUGACCACAACAUCCAAGGUCUAGAGACAAUCAUUCAAGGCAAAAAGAAUAUCGAGUUUUCACAGGGUAAAAACUCCACUCUAACUUGGACCGUAAACACAAACUAG